CAGGGGAAGUAACGCCAGCAAGUACGGCCGAACUAAGGCACAGUAAAUUAACCGAGAGUUAAGAGUUCGGACAUAUGUUGCGACAAUUAGGCUAACUGCUGGCCGAGAACAAAUCCCAGUCCUGGCACUAGAGUUGAUUAGACGUCUGGCAUUUUGUGUAGUUUUGAUGCUUAAGUGAGAGAAGUGUUAUUGUGUGGCGAGUGAUUUGUUUCAUUCUAUAAGUCUCCCCUCUGAGAGAGCCCCACCAUGGCUGGGAGAGUCGGCAUCAUAGGAGGUGGGUCGUCCGGCAUAACAGCCGUCAAGAAUUUGCUGGACGCCGGGUUUUCUGAUGUCGUCUGCUACGAGAGGAGGGACGUGAUUGGAGGAUUGUGGUACUUCAAGGAAGACACCUCCACCUGGAAGGAUGAGUCCUGUGUCAACAGGUCAACGGUCAUCAACACCAGCAAGGAGUUCAUGGCCUUCUCAGACUACCCGAUGCCAGACUACUACCCCAACUUUUGCCACAACGAGGAUGUGGAGGCGUAUUUCUUGGACUACAGCCAACAUUUUGGUGUGGACAAAUACAUCCAGAGAAACACAGAGGUCAUGUAUCUCAAGAAACAUAGCUCCUAUAACAGCACUGGACGCUGGGAAAUGAGACUAAAAAAUCAUAAAACUGGCCAAGAGACCACAGAAGUUUUUGACUUUAUCAUUGUGGCCAAUGGUCAUCACGGGGCACCGAACCUGCCGUCUAUUCCAGGACUGGACAAGUUUACUGGGAAGACCAUGCAUUCAAAAGACUUUAAAGACGUUCGCUCAGUCACAGGAAAAAAGGCAGUGGUUUUGGGAAUCGGAAAUUCUGGCGGUGAUGUUUCUGUGGAAUUAAGUAAAUAUAUGAAGGUAUUUCUGUGUACCAGACGCGGCGCAUGGAUUUUGAACAGACUUGUGGACAACGGUCUACCCUGGGACUACUUCGUGCACGUCCGCCUGGCCAGCUACAUGCUCAGCUGGCUGCCCAGGUCCUACAGAAACAAGCUGUUGAAGGACAAACUCAACCAGAAGUUCUGCCACGACCUUUACCACCUGACUCCCGUACACGAGCCGGACGCCACACACCCGACGGUCAAUGAUGAACUGCCCAACAGGAUCGCCGCUGGCAUGGUCAAGGUCAAGCCCAACAUUCGCAGCUUCACCGAGAAAGGAGUGACAUUUGAAGACGGAACCCACGAGGAAGAAAUUGAUCUGGUUGUGUUUGCUACUGGUUAUAAAGUGGAAUAUCCAUUUAUCGAGAAAAGUGUACUAGAGGUGAGACACAACAAGGUGGAGCUGUACAAGUACAUGUGGUUACCUGUCCUGCCCAAGCAGACGAUCGCUUUUCUAGCCGUCUGCCAGCCACUGGGCGCCAUGUUUCCCAUCGCAGAACUGCAGAGUCGUCUCGCUGCCAGAGUCUUUAAGGGGGAGGUCACUCUACCGUCGCCAGCCAACAUGAAAAAAGAUAUCGCGGCCAAAGAGCGAGCACUCCAGGCGAGGUAUGUCCACACUGAUCGUCACACCAUUCAGGUGGACUGGCUGCCCUAUAUGGAUGAGCUGGCCGAGUUAACUGGUUGUAAGCCUAACCUGGUGAAGCUGCUGUUCACAGAUCCGCCACUGUUCUGGCAAGUAAUAGCUGGCCCAUGUGUACCCUACCAGUACCGUCUACAUGGCCCCAACUCGUGGCCCGGGGCUCGCCAGGCCAUCUUCACUGUGCUGGACCGCAUCAAGAAACCGUUUGAGACCCGCCCACUACCCAAGAGAGAAGGGAGGAAACCCUCGUUAUUCAAGAGGCUCUUUGUGACGUCGGCACUGAUUGGGGCUGUGUUUGCUGUCGCUGCCUACAAAAAAGAAAACAUCCUGGAUUAUAUACCUCGUCUAAGGACAAUCUGAGCUUUUAAAACAUCUCAUGUUUUCUGUUUAUCAUAAAUAGGCUAUAUGAUGAGUAAAUAUUUACAUUAAAAACAUCUAUAUAUUUUAUAACAUCCAUCACUAUAGACGGUGAAGCAAUAAAAAUAGAUUGAUAAUAACACGUUAAAAUAUUGAAGCGGUGAUUUGAUGAUAGAACUAUUUAGUACAGGACUUUACCAGCUAUUGAGGAAUGCUGCUUAACUGGACAACGUUUUAUUUUCUUAGAGCAGCUUCAUGUCUAUGAUCAGCGCAUCAAGCUUGGGAUCAAUAUACAAACGUUUAACAAUAGUUUAGCAAAAGUUUAACUUAUCAUAUAACACAAUGUUGAUGUUUACAAUUUUAUUCUUUUGUUUUAUUGUAUUCAAAUACUUGCUUACAGUUCAAAGCAAAAGUAUUAUUGUAUCUAAACAGUGCUAUAUUACAGUAUAUACUUAUGUACAUUUGGAGUAGUUUUUAAAAUGUCAAUAAACCCACUAAACACAA